UAUCUCUCUUUCUUUUUCUUGGCCUUUCAUCGCAUAUUGGUUUCCCCUCCUCAGUUAGUGUGCAUGUGUUGUAUGAGUGUCUGUCUGUGGAUGUGUGUGUGAGCGUUUGUACAUGUAUUUGAGUGUGUAGGUGGGUCCAGCAGAUGGGACGAGUGCUGUGAAAAAGCUCAGCACAGUGAAUUUUGACACAUAGAUCGUCCUCUGAGGCAGCACUCCAACAGUGUGUGCAGGCAUAGACGAAUAAGUGCCACUUAAGGGAGCUAGAGAGAAGAAAAAAAUAGCUCUUCACGUUCCCCGUGUGGUGUUUGCAGGUGGGAAAAUAAAAACUCACAGCCUACAAGGAAGUGUAGCUACUGCUUGCGAAAGACACUGGUGCUUGGGAAGGAUCGCUUCCGUUUCGCACGGGUAACGCUUUUCAAGUGGUAUUAAAACAUAGUAUCAUACAGCAAAGUGCGAUAGUGCGGAAGAUAAAAUAAACUGCAGCAGCUUCGAUUCAGUGACGGAGGACGACUAUUGUGUGACAGCGCGAGUGUCUGUGUGUGUCUGUGUGUGUGACUAUCCUGCUGGAGAAAUUAAGUGAUUCCGGAUCCAGCGUCGACGAGGCGCUCGUGCCCUAAGCUAAACACAUAACACGCAUCCUCCGCACAAGAAGGGCAGCUGCAGCCAACUCGUCAACCGAGCUCGGAAGUUUUCCAGUGGAAUUUUCCAUCAGCAAACAGUCACUGCAUAGAAAAAGAUGGCCGGCGGUGGUGAUCCCAAGUGGCAGAAAGAUGCGUCCGAUCAGAACUUUGACUACAUGUUCAAAUUGCUCAUCAUCGGCAACUCGAGCGUCGGCAAGACCAGCUUCCUGUUCCGCUACGCAGACGAUUCGUUUACCUCAGCUUUCGUGUCGACGGUGGGCAUUGAUUUCAAGGUCAAAACCGUGUUCCGUCAUGACAAGCGUGUGAAACUACAGAUUUGGGAUACCGCCGGACAGGAGCGAUAUCGCACAAUCACGACAGCAUACUAUCGCGGUGCAAUGGGUUUCAUUUUGAUGUAUGACAUCACCAACGAGGAAAGCUUCAAUUCGGUACAGGAUUGGGUUACCCAAAUUAAAACCUAUUCCUGGGACAACGCACAAGUCAUCCUGGUCGGCAACAAGUGCGACAUGGAGGACGAGCGAGUGAUCUCGUUCGAGCGUGGCAAGCAGCUGGCCGACCAGCUUGGCGUGGAAUUCUUCGAAACGUCCGCCAAGGAGAAUGUACACGUUACGGACGUGUUUGAGCGGCUGGUAGACAUCAUCUGUGACAAGAUGUCGGAGAGCUUAGAUUCCGAUCCAACACUGGUGGCCGGUGGUCCGAAGGGCCAGCGACUGACUGACCAGCCAGGACAGGGGCCACCCAAUGCAAACUGUAACUGCUAAAAGAAGCAACCUCUUCAAAUUUGCUUGCGGGUGCUCGCACCUUUCGGGCGCCCGUGUAAGGUUUUUUGGUGUAGCUAAAGAAGAACGCCCCCUCCCCCCAAACCCCAACUGAAACACAUACGCAAACAAAUAUCCCUACACAGACUCAAACACCUUCAAGCACUCGUUAUGCUUUCCUAGCCGAAAGCGGCCCACGGAAGAUCCAGUGUCGUGAACUGUGAACUUCUAUGGCAAAAUACACAACACAACAAUGUAGCAAACCGAUUUGAACCACAGACGGUGCAGUAUGCCGAAGGCAAACACAAACUACUGCUACUGCUGUGGUGUAACCAAACGUCCAACCGUGGGCGAGGACUAUCGAGCAUUGCAGUGAGGUUUGAGGUGGAAGUAUAGUGGAAUAUUUGGAAUAUAGCAACCUGAGUUGUAUUGGAAACAUUAAGAUAUGAGCAUGUGUAUGUGUAUGUAACGGACAAAAUGUGGUUUACGGAUGGAUGGGUUUUCGUAGUAAGACGAUGGAACAACACAUUGGUACAUUAACCACUAAUCAAAUACAAAACCAGACAAAAAACAACAAUCCAUACGUCUCGUAACUAUUCGGAAGAGAGAACGAGUUAUAAAAAACAAACAAACAAACAAA